UCCUGCUUUAAGGAAGAGCUCGGCAGCCCUCUCUAGACAGCUGUAAUGCUGCCUUUGAAGCGUUGAUCACAGGGAGUCCUCAAGAUGGCAGCAAUGGCAGAAUUCAACAACGUCCAUUCAGUGACUGAAACACCAGAAGGAGAUGAUGCUAAACGCAGUUUCCAUAACAGAAUGUUCUUGGAACCCCAAGAGAAGAAGAGGAGCAUGAAGGCUCUGGUGGUUAAGCAAGCAAAGAAAACUUGCAGUUGCACUCCAGCCAAAGUUAAAGAAUAUAUUUUUAGUUUCUUUCCUGUCUUGCAGUGGCUUCCAAAAUAUAAACUAAGAGAGUACCUACUGGGAGACAUAAUGUCUGGUGUGAUUGUGGGGGUCUUACUAGUCCCACAGUCAAUUGCCUAUUCUCUCUUAGCUGGGCAGGAGCCUAUUUAUGGCCUUUAUACAUCCUUUUUUGCUAGCAUUAUUUAUUUCAUAUUUGGAACCUCCCGCCACAUCUCAGUUGGUAUCUUUGGUGUGAUUUGCCUUAUGGUGGGACAAGUGGUGGAUCGUGAAAUACAGAGAGCUGGCUAUGACUUAGAGCCAGCCGUGCUCAGUGGCCUCCCAGAUACAGCAGCAUAUGUAAACACCACCAUUUCGCCUGUGAAUCAGACAUUGCAGAAGUUGCUCUGUGAUAAAAGCUGCUAUGCAAUUACAGUGGGAGCCACCAUGACCUUCAUAGCUGGAGUUUAUCAGGUGGCCAUGGGUUUCUUUCAAGUGGGCUUUGUCUCAGUGUACCUCUCCGAUUCAUUGCUGAGUGGAUUUGUCACGGGUGCCUCUUUUACAAUCCUGACCUCACAAGCCAAGUAUCUCCUGGGCCUAGACAUUCCACGGAGCAGUGGCAUCGGCUCUCUCAUAGCCACAUGGAUAAACAUCUUCAGAAACAUACAUAAGACCAACAUCUGUGAUGUCAUCACCAGCUUAUUGUGCUUUCUUUUACUUAUCCCAACCAAAGAGCUUAAUGAACAUUUUAAAUCCAAGCUCAAGGCUCCAAUACCAGUUGAACUAGUCGUGAUUGUGGUAGCUACUGUGGCAUCUCACUUUGGGAAGCUGAAAGAGACUUACGGCUCAAGCGUUGCUGGACACAUCCCAACUGGGUUUCUGCCACCCCGCCCUCCAGACUGGAACCUGAUUCCUAAUGUGGCUUUGGAUGCUAUCCCCAUAGCUAUUAUUGGCUUUGCCAUCACUGUUUCCCUCUCAGAGAUGUUUGCCAAGAAGCAUGGUUACUCUGUGAGAGCCAACCAGGAAAUGUAUGCUAUUGGCUUCUGCAACAUCAUUCCCUCUUUCUUCCAUUGCUUCACAACAAGUGCUGCUCUUGCCAAGACUCUUGUCAAAGAGUCCACAGGCUGUAGGACACAAAUGUCUGGCAUGGUGACUAGUUUAGUAAUCCUAUUAGUCCUCCUUGUGAUUGCACCUUUAUUUUAUUCCCUUCAGAAAUGUGUCCUUGCUGUCAUAACCAUUGUAAACCUCAGAGGAGCCCUGCGGAAGUUCAAGGACCUGCCAAAAAUGUGGCAUUUGAGCAGAGUGGACACAGUGAUCUGGCUAGUUACUAUGGCAGCCUCAGCACUCAUCAGUACUGAGAUUGGUCUUUUGGUUGGUGUUUGCUUCUCUAUGCUCUGUGUCAUCUUCCGAACUCAGAGACCAGAGGCACCACUGCUUGGCUGGGUGGCAGAGUCUGAAACAUAUGAAUCCCUGUCUGCUUACAAGAACUUGCAAACCAAGCCAGGAAUUGUGGUGUUCCGUUUUGAAGCACCCCUCUACUACAUCAACAAGGAGUGCUUUAAAUCUACCCUGUACAAGCAAACUGGGGUCAACCCAGUCUGGGUGAAGGCAGCAAAGAAAAAGGCAGCAAAAAGAAUGCUUAGAGAGAAAGAGGUGGAUUCUGAUGGCAACCAGACCAGCAUCUCCAUGGAUUUUGUCUCUGAACCUCUGGGGUUUCACACAAUAGUGAUUGACUGUUGUGCAGUACAGUUUCUGGACACGGCAGGAAUACGCACGCUCAAAGAGGUCUGCAAGGACUACAGGGAGAUAAAUGUCCAGGUGCUACUGGCCCAGUGCAAUCCUUCGGUCAGGAGUUCCCUGAUCCGAGGGGAAUUCUUUAGAGAGGGGGAGGACCACCUUCUCUUCCACAGUGUGCACCAGGCUGUGGACUUUGCAUUGGGUGCACAGGAGCACAGUGGGACCAGUGCUUCUAAGAACUAGUUUUGGAAAGGGAGCAACUGGAACAAAGCCUAAGGAAAAAAGUGGCUGUGGGUCUGUAUGUCUAUGCAAUAUAUAUGCACUCAGCUAAGAAGAGGCAGAGUUGUAUUUAACACACUGGUUACUAUGCAGCCUGUCUUGAUGCUUUAAAUUUGCCUGCUGGGUAUAGUGAUUCAAUAGG